AUGGAUAAAAUAGACGUUCAAAUCGCUGGUUCGAUUAAAAUUCUAAAUAAUUUCUUAAUUGAGGCUCCUUCUCUGUUUAAUAACGAGCUGGAUCUAGGUCCACUCCAUCCACAUGCUCUAAUACACAGAAUACCACUAGAGAGCGAAUCAAAUUACAUUCACUGCAUUCGCUGGUUAAACGAUCUCUACAUAUCCUCAUCCGACCUAUUCAAGAUCGUCGGCUUUAAACUUGUCUCUCUCGGCAGACACAUCCGUGACCACAGAAAACUCAACGAGGGCAUCUCUUCUGACCUACGCAACUUAAAACCUGGUAUUGACAGCAUCAUUCAAGAUAAUGGCAGUGAACUUCUCGAUCUUCUCUUCAGAUAUGGCGCUAUCCGCACCCAGAAGAAGCAAAAGCUCUUCAAUUGGCACGCUGUGCCGCAUGACAGACUUUUUCUCGACGCCUUGGAGCGUGACUUGAAACGCGAGGCUGCCGGCAACCCCGCCUCUACAAUUGCAACUUUUGAGCCCAGCUUCAAAUUCAAAUGGCUCCAUGACUGCUCUCUCCACCAACAGCUCAACGACAACAACCUCUCUCACGUCUUUCUCCUCGGCACAAAAAAUGGCUCUGAGUUCUACAAGCAGGGAAAGACUCUGAGAAAGAUCUUACAGAAGCGCAGUCUUGCACACAAAGACACCCCUUCCAAACUGCCCCCUUGGAACCACCUCGAGCACCUCACUAACGAGCUACCCGAUGAGCGCACUUUCCGGUGUGACGAAUGCGGCAAAGCGUUUAAGCGGCAUGAACAUCUCCGCAGACACAGGCGGUCCCAUACCAAAGAGCGUCCAUUUAGAUGUGACGUGUGUCUCAAGUCUUUUACCCGCUCUGAUAACCUCGCGGUGCAUACCCGCACACAUUCGAGAGACGGCAAGGAUGCCUACCGCAGCUUCCAUAGUAGUACCCAUAGUGGUUCCCUCGCAAGGACUUCAGACUCAGACACUCUGUCUGACUGCUCGUACAUGUCUUCGCUUACUAACUCAGACUCAGCCAGUCAGUACUCGUCGCGCCCCUCUUCCUCCAGCCAAUAUGGCUCACCAGAGCAUCUCGGCUUGCUACCUUUUGGAGAAGCUAUUGAGCCUUCAUCUGGCCCAAUGCGCAAACACCGUUCUGAGGAUUCUUUUGCCAGGGAGCUGAAUUAUUUCGAGCAGCAGCAGGAGCAACAACAACAACAACAACAAAUACACAACACUGGGUAUUCUCAACCACAAACCAUUUACGGCAGCUCGCUCCCUACAAUCAGUACCAUGAGCUCUGUUUCUCCUUUCGAUUUUGGCCACAUCGGUCACCUUAAUCACUUUGACAUGGCCUACGCUCCCAUUCAGCACACUCAGUCGUCUAACUUGGAAUUCGAUUACACCGUCCCACGCACAACCCAAUCGCUUCCCUCCUUCGACACUAUACCAGCCUCUUCAACACAUUCAUUCUACGAGGACGACUUUAGGACACCAACUGUAGCUAGCUUCGGCUUCACUUGUCCGCCCACGUCUGCUGAUAGGAUGUCGGCGCUCGGGCUCGGCGAAGACUAUACUGAUAACGGCGAGGGUCAGUUCGCUUACCAGCCUCCGCCCCUCGUUGAAGAUUCGGUUCGCACGCCUGGGCCGAACAACUAUCAGUACUACAACGCGAGCUUGGAGUAG